GAUUAAUGUUGUGCUGCGGAGAGGGAAAGUAGACAACGGAAACAUCAGAGGAUUUAGGACAGCUCCGAUCUAAUGCAGCGACACUAAGGACGAGAAUUCCGAUAGUCGAUUUACUGAACAAAAUACUAAACCAUCAAUACUAUACAUGAAAUAGCUUUCUCCAGCCCGAAAGAUGAUUUCCCCGUGGGACCGAUGGUACUCGACCAGCUGCUGUCUCUGCUGUCAUGUCCGAACGGGAACCAUUAUUUUGGGGAUAUGGUACAUGCUCAUCAACGCGGUCGUGCUGCUCAUCCUCCUUACAGCCCUCAGUGACCCAGACCAGUACCACUACCAGCUGACCAAGGCUGAGCUGGCCAACAGCUUCCAUGUCAUGGACGAUGCCAAUAUUUGCAUUGCCGCAGCGAUCUCCCUGCUUAUGAUCCUCAUAUGUGGGAUGGCGACAUACGGUGCAUAUAAGCAACAUGCUGCUUGGAUCAUUCCUUUUUUCUGCUACCAAAUCUUUGACUUUAUCCUUAACACCCUGGUGGCAGUUAGUGUUGUGGUCUACCCCAACACCAUUCAGGAUUAUCUUCUGCAGCUACCUGGGAACUUCCCCUACAAAGAGGAGAUCAUGUCCACGAACAACACGUGCCUAGUCUUUAUGGUGCUCCUCUUUGUCGGUGGCAUCCUGGCCUUCAAGGCAUACCUGAUUGGCUGUGUGUGGAACUGCUAUAGAUAUGUGAGCAGAAGAGGUACCACAGAGGUCUUGGUGUAUGUCACCACAAACGACACCACAAUGCUGCUACCCACAUAUGAUGAAGUUGUGGCCAUCCCACCAAAGGAGCCUCCACCCCAGUAUGUUUCCGCAUGAGAGGGCCUCAUCUCCGGCACCACCAGCAGAACAGAAACGGUGUCCGUCCACUGUAGCCACAGACUGAACCAGGCUCUUACAUUCUCUUCAAUUCUCUGGAAACAUUUGUGCUUCUUUGAGGUGUCUUCCGUCGAUGCAGUUUUUCCGAUGAUACGUUCCUGUUUCGAAUCCUAUUUGCACUUUAAGCAACGUUGUGUGCUCCUAUGCUUGUCUCCCUGGGUAUCUGUUAAUACUCUUAUCCUCUGAUUCAGAGUCAACCUGAGGGGAAAAAAACUCGAAAUCAAGUGCAGAUGAUUCAUGAUGAUAAUAAUAACCAGAUUAGAUAAAGCAGAUCAAGUAAUAAUAACCUUUUUUAAUGGAAAUUGCCCUUGUACCCACUGAAUGUAUGGACGUUUUUAGUUAAGUCCUGGACAGAUACAGAUUUUUAGAAACAUAAUGCAAGAACUUUCAGUGGUAUAAAAUAGUUCACUCUGCUUGUAUCAUCAGUGGAUCGUAGAAGUAAACUAUUAUUCACAAGGUCAUUUACCCUGUUUUAAACUGUCCCUCUCUUUGUAGUGUUCGGUCAUUGACUUCAGAAACAAAAUCCUUUCCCAUUGAGGGAGUUUUAUAUUAAAAAAACUUAUUUAAAAACAAUAUACAUAAUAUUUCAGAGAAUGGGAGGGUUCCAAAGAAUUACACCCACCUGAAAACUGAAGUGAUCAUUAUAAUGAUCUGAGAUAUAUGUCAUAUGUGCUGUGUGUACAUUAAGUAAAUAUUAUGAAGAUGUUGCCAUGCAAAAUGUCGGUUAAAAUGUGUCGCGUUAAGUCUUCCCUGUAAGUGUCAUUGCCGGGAGUUUGUGUUUUUCACUAUUUGUACAGUACCUGUUAUCUUUGCUGUGGAGCUGUUUUUUUACUCCAAGGUGCAAAUUUUGUGUGCUACUACUAAAUCCCGGGAGGCCUUUGAAUGACACUGAAAAUCUGAUAUUCUUAUAUGAAUGCAAACAUCAACAUAAUUUACAGCUAAUAUGGUUUAGACCCAAGGCAACAAACUGUAGCAUACAAUACUUUCACCUAUGACCCCUUUACCCUUUAGUAUGUUCAAUAACUCCUUCUUGCUUGUGUGUUUUGAGAUGAUUGUGAGGGAUUAUAUGGUUUAAGGAACUUAACUGUGAAUUUAAUAUGCAGCUCAUACCAUGCAAUGUCUAAGGACAGUAUAUGACUCUUCCAAGAGCGUUGGCCCAAUAUGAAAUCAUUUUUUUCCCCCAGCUAUGCAAGAGUAUGCAUAGUUUACUGAAAAAGAAAAAAGGAAUUCCUGGAUUUUUUUAAAUUAGUACUGACCACUGCGGACAGCAUCUUAGAAAGUGAGAUCACUACUGUUUUUAUUCUAUUCAAAUAAUAAAUACCUUAUAACGACCUUUA